UGGAUUUCACCAGGAUCCCCCAGAUCAUCUCACACCGGAUAGACCGCCUGCAGGAUUAUGUUGGGAAAGAGGAGGAUUUAUCUGACCAGCAGCUCUAUGAACAGGAGAGGAAUUUCAGUUUGGACCAAGAGGAACCAGAAGCUCUGCAGAUAAAAGAAGAGCAGAAAGAACCAGAACAUCCCUGGACAAAAGAGGAAACCAUGGAGCUCCCCAUAAGUGAGCAUGAAGAGCAGCUUGUUCUGAAGCAAGAGACUGAAGAUACAGUAGAGAAAUGUUUACCAUGUUUGACAUGUGGAGAAAACCUUCUGAAAAAAGAACAUUUAUUGGAUCACAUGAAAAGUCACGCAGGUCAGAUUUAUCAAUGUCAAUCCUGUGGCAAAAUGUUCAUGAAGAAUUCUAGACUUGAGGGAUGCACACAAAUUCAAACAGGUGAGAAACUCUUUUGCGGUACCAUUUGUUACAAGAAUUUUACUGUAAAAAGUCAUUUGACUUCAGUGAUGAGAAUUCCCACUGGAGAGAAGCCUUUUGAAUGUCCAUCCUGUGGAAAAAGCUUCAUCUCUAAGUUAGAUCUUAAUAAUCAUAUCAGAAUUCACACAGGUGAGAAACCUUUUUCCUGUGCCAUUUGUAACAAGGAUUUUACUAAAAAAGGUAGUUUGACUGCUCACAUCAGAAUUCACACUGGUGAGAAACCUUUUUGCUGUACCCUUUGUAACAAAAACUUUACCGUAAAAAGUCAUUUGACUUCUCACAUGAGAAUUCACACUGGUGAGAAACCUUUUGAAUGUCUGUUCUGUGGAAAAAGCUUUACUCAGAAGUCUAAUUUUGAUACACACAUCAGAUUACACUCAGGUGAGAAACCUUUUUCCUGCACCAUUUGUAACAAGAAUUUUAAUGUAAAAAGUAGCUUGACUAAUCACAUGAUAAUUCACACAGGUGAGAAGCCUUUUGAAUGUCUGUUCUGUGGAAAAGGCUUCACUCAGAAAUCUAAUCUUGAUAGACACAUCAGAUUACACUCAGAUGAGAAACCUUUUUCCUGCACCAUUUGUAACAAGAAUUUUAAUGUAAAAAGUAAUUUAACCAAUCACAUGAGAAUUCAUACUGGUGAGAAGCCUUUUGAAUGUCUGUCCUGUGGAAAAAGCUUCACUCAGAAAUCUAGUCUUGUUAAACACAUGAGAGUUCACACAGGUGAGAAGCUUCUCCUGAAUGAUCUGUGACCAAGCUUUUAAAGGAAAAGUUCAUUUGAGUAUUGAGAUGAUAUUUAUUCAUGCAUGAUCUGGAAUGAUUUCUAUUUUAAAAAAACAUUUUUUUCACGUUAGUCACAGCCAUUAGACACCACAGGAAUGAACAGUAGAGGCGUUUUCCAUGUUUGACUGGUGAUAAAAUGUCCAUCUAUUAAAUCCUUCACCUCAUUACAUGAGAAACUCA